AUGCAAGAAACCACUUAUGCUGAGACGAACGGGACAUUGGCUGAAUUUGGGAGGCAAGUUCGCUCCGUUAAAGCCAUUGUCAUCACCAUAUUCAACUUCAUUGUCACCGUGGUGGCCGCCUUUGCCUGCACGUACCUGGGCAGCCAGUACGUCUUCGCAGAGACUGCGGCGCGCGUCCUGUCAGCGGUAAUCGUGGCCUCGGUGGUUGGCCUGGCUGAGCUGUACGUAAUGGUGCGGACCCUCGAAGGGGACCUUGGGAAACUGUAA